AUGUAUGCGCAGAUCUUGGUCCAAGAUCCCAUCGACCAUGAGCUGCACACCAAGGCAGUCCCCAAGGUGCACAACUUGUUGCAGACUCAGAACCCCUCCUUCCGUUCAGUGUGCCGUUCCAUGCGUCUCUAUUUGCUGAAGUGCAUGGAACGCGCGCGCGGCCUGUCGUUCGUUCGCGGCACCCUGGCAGAGGAGCCGCUCUCCGAGACCAACUGGGUCAAGGAAUGGCGCGACCUGCACGACAUCGACUUUGAGAAGUUCAUCGGUGCUGCGUUGGUGCCCAAGUGGAACCCCUUCCUGGGCGAGUCGCAGGACCUGGCAGAGUAUCGCGAGGCCACGGUGGCGGUCAUGGAAUUGAUGACGACCACCAGCACGGCCAAACUCACCAGGCAAGACAUCUCGCUCCUUCCCGAAGAAAAGCGCCGCAAGCACGUGGGAGGCCUGUUGUUGGCUGUUUGCCAAGAGCCUGGCUUGCUGGCAGCGCUGGAGGCCGGUGUCCUUUUGGAUGCUGAGGAGAGGAAAACGGGACAGAAAGCAGAUGCCCGACACUAUGAGGGCUUACAGAUUGGCUGCAUCUUUGAGUUUGCUGCCUACGAUGACCGGCAUCGUCAACAGGGCCGGGUGGUGGCUUGCCUGACAGCGGCAGCCCUGGAAAGCAACAUUGCUGGUGGACGAGUUUAUGAAGGACAAGUCUUAGCUGUGGAAGACGGCUACUACGAAUACUGGUUCGAAAACCUCUACGGUAAGAUCCAGGAUGCUCCAGUCACCUUCUUUCACUUCUGCGAUGUGCCGGUUGCAGUGUGCAGAAGCCACACAGCAUUCAGGGAUCCGAUUCAUGUGGACGUCUACCGACUGGUCAGUGGCACUCAGGUGGAACGUCUAAGCUGGCUGAAGGAAGACCAGAAAGCUUGGCUGAAAGCACACCCCGCAGUCAUCGGGGGGAGGGACGCUCCUGGGAGUGGGGGUCAUCCUGCUCCUGGGGCAGCACCUCCUCUGGAUGCUGCGCGUGGCGAGGUGCAGACAGGUGAAGAAGGCGUGGAAGGCUUAGCUAGGGCCUUAGGGGCUGGACAGGAUGCCAACAAACGACCUGCCAGUGAGAGAGGUGGCACGCCUGCGGAUGAGCGUCGGCAUGAAAAGAAGGAGCGAAGAGACCGGAAGCCUCACAAGAGGUCACCCUCUCCUGGACGUGAAGAGCGUGGUCGCAAGGCUGCUCGGGGUGAGGCCCAUGAGCGAGGACGAGUGGGAUUGCGUGCGGAACUUGACAAGAAGGUCCCUCCUGAACCUCGUCUUUCAGCUCUCGAGCUGGGGUCCAAGCACAAAAAGAAGAAGAAAAAGAAAAGCGGAAGCUCGAGCAGUGACCGUGCCCGUGGUCGCAGCCCCUCAUCGACAUCUAGCACAGGGUCGCUUUUUCAUUCAGCCGCCCUUCCAAGAGGCAUGGAACGCCUCCGACGCCUGCACCAGAAAAGCCCAGGAAAUCUGGCCUCCCUAAGCCUCUUGCGAAUGCAGGAGCUGGUGCAUCGAGCGCAGGGAAGGGGAACGGCAGUGGACAGCGACGAGAAGCUUCCAGCGGUUGCGAUGGGGUAUCUGGCGGGGGUCUUUCUGGUCCAAAAUCCCCCAGCAGCCGUGGGCGUGCGGAACUUGAGAGAGCUCAGAACAGUGGCCAGAGCUGAAGGCAGCACAAUCCGAGGUCAAAGAAGAGUGGAAGAUACAGAGGGGGCCAUUCAGACAGGCAAGACCGACCCCAACAUGGACGCCAGCGUGGCCAACGAGCGAGACACCCGGAGGUCAAGGGGACGGAGACGCCAAAGACGCCCCGCCGAACAAUCAGCCGAAGGGGGGAGCGAGAAAAGGAAAAGGCAAAGGGAAGAAAGGCCGAUUUGGUCGCAAGUGAACCUGGUCGAUGGCCGUUUGGAUUUGCCGGCGUUGGACCGAGCUCUGGAGGAUCCCAACAUUAGUGAUGGUAUCCGACAGGGUUUUGACCUGCUCCUGCGGGAUAAGCGCCUGCACGAGAUCUAUGGUGGCGUCAUAGCCAGCUAUGAAAGCUUGGAUGACAAGAGACGGGUCUACAAGGACUUCACAUCACUCAUGGUAGAAUGGUGCGAUUAUUCGCCGGAUGCCAUCUUGAAAUUGCUGGAGCAUUACUAUUCCCCGUUGGCACGAGAGGGAGGCCAACUGGGUGACCGCAACUUCCAUCGGGUGGCUCCGCAUGGAAAGACAGACAGCCGUGGCCUAAAAGCUGGUCGCUAUCAGCGUGCACAAGAAGGCAAGCUGCUUGGAGUGGUGGGGUCAACCCAAGUACGAGAGAUCUUUUCUGGAUGGGAUGCCGUAGACGGUGGAGUCUAUGUUGGUGAUGGCUGCGAGUUAUUUCCUACCUCGAUUUUCCGGGAAGCCUAUGCAGACAACAUUGCGGUGGAGAAGGCAGCUCAUGUUUUGGACGGACGACCUGUGUAUGUCGAGCCCGGCGGCUUCAAUGCGGCUGCAGAGGUGAUUGACAAGUUUUCAAUCUCUGGGAAGAAGACUACCUGGACGUGGCAGCAAUGCCAAUCCUUCAUGAGACUGCAGCUGGACGGUGAGGUGACUGUCUCUUUGGUCGGGGUGGUGCUGAAGAUGGUGUUGAGUCGCUGCCCGGGACAUCUUGGGAACAUCCUUAGGAUGUUACCAGCCUGCGCUAGACGGCAAUUUAGGCAGACACCCAUCGAGCUGCUCCCUAUGAGUGUCCCAGAGGAAACUCAGGCAGAGCUGCGUCUGCAUCGGCUGCUGCUCGACAAUGAGCAGCCUCGGGCCCUGACGGAUUCAGAAAAGGCAUCAGCCCUGGAGCUCGCCAAGGAAUGUGGCAGGGAGGUAUGGCUGGGCUUGGUCCUGGCUGUCCUCAACGCCAUGUUCUGUGGUGGCUCAAGGCCCUUGGGCAGAGUGAUGCCGCAUCCCUUGAACCCCACUGCAGAGCAGCUUCAAGUGAUGGAUAAUUUCCGGGCACUGAUCAACCUGUGGAUCGAGGAUGAUCAGCAUCAACUGAAGAUCACUCCAUGGGAAGUACAAGCUCAAAAUCUGGGCGAUUUCUACACGGGAUAUGAAGUCACAAAAGCAUACAAGUUGAGCUGGGCAGCUAUUGCCCCGCAUGUGCCAGGCCCCGGAGAAGCCGGAAGGGUUGCCCUGGAGGAAACAGUCCCACCUGAGCUGAAGGACUAUGUGGUCAACCCUGACCUUCUGAGAAUUCCUGAUGAUGAGUUGGGAGAUGUCAGAUACUCAGCUCCAGUGCUUGUAGAAUCCAGCGCGGAGUACGACCUCAUUGUAAAGCACCUGGUGGAGGCUGGCAUGCUGGAACGAGAGGUCCCUAGUGAGACGGUCAAAGUCAAGGGAACCCCGAUCUACAAUGGCCUCUUUGGCGUGCACAAGGGCUGGAUCGACGAAGGCAAUGGCAACUGGCGUCGCUCCCUGCGACUCAUUGUGAACUUGAUCCCAACCAAUCUGCUGCAACGCCGAAUGCCAGAUCAAGCUUCGAAGUCAAUGGGGUAUGCACCCCUUUGGGGCAACAUGGUUCUCUUGGAGGACGAGGUCGUUCUCUCUUACGGUGAGGACGUGAAACAUUGUUUUCACAUCUUCUCCCCGGGUCCCAGAUGGCGGGGCUACUUCGUGCUGUCAAAAGAAGCAAGUGGUGGCAGCUUCAAUGACGGGGUGAAGGAGAAAGGAAGACCUCGGGUACGGUCAGCCCCAAUGGGGUGGGCAAAUAUUGUUGACUUUGUCCAAUCGUCUUUGGAAAGAAUGGGAACUCUGGGUGGAAUCCCGGCAAGCAGAUGCGUCAAGAUGGGUGAGCCAUCUCCUCUUCUGGAGCUCACGACACCAAGGCAAUAUCACAGCUUCUAUGUCGACAACUACGAUGGUUUUGUCAUCAUUGCAAGGACCGACCUGGCGGAGUAUGAGGGACGACCGUCUGACAGCCAGCUGCAGCUUAGACGGACUUUCCAGACCUGGGAUAUCGGCCGUGAUGAGAAGAAAGCGGCAGAAGGUACGCUUGAGUGGGUCAGCCUUGGAGCCGAACAGUUGGGCAUGGAAGGCCUUGUGGGAAGCUCACGAAAAUUUCGAAGGGCGGUGAUGUCAUCAUCCCUUUGCCUCCUGAUGAAAGAGGACAUGAGGACGUGUGAUCUGGAGUUGCUGUCGGUCGUUGGGAAGCACAUGCAUGCCACACAGUACUGCCGCCCUGUGGCUUGCUGUUUUGAUGAUCUUUAUAGAAACCUCAACCUGGACGAUAUCAACACCUGUGUGGAUCUGGCUGCGUACGAGGAGCUGUUGAUGCUCACUUGCUUGCUGCCACUGCUUUGGAGCAACCAGCGCACCUGUCUCAACCCGACGGUGUAUGCAACUGAUGCUUCUCCUGAAGGGGGAGGUGCUUGUCAGACAACUUGUCUGUCUGCACGUGGACGAGCCAAACUCCACCUGAUGUGUUCUGAACAUGAAGGUCGAGAAGGAGGAGCCUGUGAUGGGGUUGUGCUCAUUGAAGUCUUUGGCGGCAUGGGAGGCCUGCGAAAAGCGAUCGAACUGCUUGGGCUCCUUCCACAAGGCAUUAUCCUGAUUGACACGGACCCAGUGUGCCUGAAGUUGGCAAAGCGUCACUGCGCAUUUGUCUUGCCAGUCGACAACAUUCACAAGGUUGACAGGGCAAUGGUGAAAUCAUGGAGGCUGCAGUUCCCAAGGGCACAGAAGGUGGUGCUUGGAGGUGGAUGGCCGUGUGUGAACCAUUCUUCUCUCAACACCAAUCGUCUGGGAGCAGAAGCUGAUUCUUCCAGGCUUCUCGACGUGAUGCUGGCCCUCGCAGAGCAACUGAAACAAGUCAGCCGCCCUCUACACCUGCCCGACUGGGACAUUAUCGAGUUUUAUGAAAAUGUAGUGAUGGAUCAGCAGGACCUCACGGUGCAAUCGGACAAAAUUGGGGUCCUGCCAAUCAUGUGUGAGGCUGCUGAUGCCUUGCGUUGCCGCCGGCCACGACUCUUCUGGCUGAAGAACCUUUCCAUCAUGGAAGGAGCUGAUCUCCAACUCUUGCCGGAGCAGCAGGUAGGGAACCUGCAAACCAAGUUGACUGUGGCCAAGAUCACAACAGAAAAGCCACCGCUGGAGUGGUUUCUGCGGCGCGGCUGCACCAAGUUGAUUGAUGAUGGGCGCCCUUUCUUCACCUUCGCUCGACCCAUGCCGAGGGCAGAGCCACCACGUGAUCCAGCGGGAUACGACCGCUGUGACGCCAAAACUCUGGGUCGUUGGCGGGGUGAUGCGUAUCGUCUGGCCCCUUACCAAUAUUCAGAGGACAAUUUGGUGAAAACACCACAAGGCCCUCGACGCUUGCUCUCAGAUGAGCAACUCAGACUCUUGGGUUACAAUUCCGACGCCCUGGGCCUCAAGCAGAAGUUGACUGAAGAUCAACGAGGUCAGCUGAUUGGAAACACGUUUCCUGUCUUGGUGGUGGCGCGGCUUCUGGCUGGUCUGUGUAGCACGGAUGCGCCAGAUUCUGACAUGGACCUCACGGCCGAGCUCUGGAAAAUUUGGAAAACUAAUGAAGAUCGAGUGCAACAGCUCAAGGAGGCUUCAUGGUCGACCCGAUUCGGUCCGGGGGCCAAGGGUGCGGUGUGGGGCCUCCGGCACUGCCUUUGCAGGUCUGGUCGCCUCUUGCCUUCCCCAAGGUCCCUGCUGGAUCCCAAUGAAGCACUCAGUGAUGAGCAAUUGCUGACCUAUCUCAUCACCCGCAACGUUUCACACCGAGGGACUGAUGUCAAGCUGGAUCACGGAGUCCCAUUCUCGGCAAGCGACUUCUGUCGUCGCUCGAUUGAUCCCACACACUGGGAAUGGAAGGUGGUCCUUUCGUACAAAUGGAAGCAGCCAAAUGCCCACAUCACCCAACUUGAAACUGUGGCUGUUUUGGACCUGAUGAGAAAGCUGAGCAGAACGUCAGCAAACUUUCAAAAGAAAUCUUUGCUGCUGGUGGACAAUGCCUCAGUCGUGGGCAUUCUUACGAAAGGACGCACCAGCGCCUGCAGUCUCCGACAGCCUCUUCGACGAUUGGCUGCCAUUUUGGUAGCCACAUCCACGCGCCUCGUUGUUGCCUGGGUCAAAUCAGAAUGGAAUCCUGCUGAUGGCCCAUCGCGAUGGGUCAGCAGACGCGCUAAGCAAGAUGCCUAG